CAAGAUGUUUUGCUAGUUGAAGCACCUGUCAUUUCUCAACUUCCCUCUGGUGUAUUAGUACAGCCAGGCGUUCUUACAGAGGAUGAGAUCGAUGAGAACAGUUUCUCUGUGCUUUUACAUAACGAGUCAGAAAAACCCACCUGUAUCCAGGUUGGAACCCUUGUUGCAGAAAUGCAUGCUGUGGACGUAGUCACAAGCCCACAGGCUUUGGAGCUAAAGUCUUCUACUUUAGACCCCAACCUUUUUGACUUUGGAGAUUCACCUGUCCCAGCAGAAUGGAAGGACAGAUUAAAACAUGAACUAGCUAACAGACCGAACGUGUUCUCUCUGGACGAAUGGGAUGUAGGUUUAGCUAAAGAUGUGGAAAAUAAGAUCAGAUUGAGUGAUUCAACCCCUUUUCGAGAAAGGUCACGCCGAUUAGCUCCUGCUGACAUUGAUGAUGUGUGGAAACACCUGCAGCAGUUAAUACAGGCUGGUGUUAUCAAAGAGUCGCGCAGUCCCUAUGCGUCACCAAUAGUAGUCGUACGCAAAAAGAAUGGUUCCAUCAGAAUGUGCGUUGACUACAGAACCCUAAAUCGCCGUACGAUACCGGAUCAAUACACCACUCCGCGGGUAGAUGAUGCUUUGGAUUGCCUCAAUGGUAGUAAGUGGUUCUCAGUCCUAGAUCUUCGAAGUGGGUAUUACCAAAUAGCCAUGUCAGAAGAUGACAAGGAAAAAACAGCCUUUAUCUGCCCACUCGGAUUCUACCAGUUUGAGCGUAUGCCUCAAGGCAUUACAGGAGCCCCUGCUACCUUCCAGCGGCUCAUGGAGAAAGCCGUUGGCGACAUGCAUCUUCUCCAAGUCAUCGUGUAUCUUGAUGAUAUUAUCGUUUUUGGUAAAACACUCGAAGAACACGAACAGCGUUUGUUGAAAGUGCUAGAUCGACUCGAAGAGUAUGGUCUCAAAGUGUCCAUUGACAAAUGUCAGUUCUGUCAAUCCCAAGUCAAAUAUGUGGGACACAUUGUGUCAGAAAAAGGGAUUGCUACAGACCCUGAAAAAGUUGCAGCGGUGAAAAACUGGCCUGAGCCAACAGACCUCAAAUCACUCAGAUCGUUUCUAGGUUUCUGCGGUUACUAUCGCCGGUUUAUUGCCAACUACUCCAGCAUAGUACGCCCACUAACUGAACUAACAAAAGGCUAUCCGUCCACUCAAAAAAGCAAGAAAAAACUACCUAAAGAUCAUCCCAAGACCUACCUCAAACCUUCCGAGCCGUUCAAAGAACAUUGGGAUGAGGCUUGUCACAAAGCUUUCAAAACAAUCAUUGAUCGUCUGAUAAAUGCACCUGUUUUAGCGUUUGCAGAUCCAUCCAAACCUUACAUAUUGCAUGUGGAUGCAAGCAUGAAUGGUUUAGGUGCAGUUCUUAAUCAGGAGUACCCUGAAGGUCUCAAACCUGUCGCAUUCGCUAGUCGCAAACUCAGUGAAUCAGAACGCAACUAUCCAGUACAUCAACUGGAAUUCUUAGCACUGAAAUGGGCCGUCGUUGAAAAAUUUCAUGACUACCUUUACGGUGCAAGAUUCACAGUAAGAACUGACAACAAUCCGUUGACAUAUGUACUGACAACUGCUAAACUGAAUGCGGUUGGACAUCGAUGGCUUGCAGCGUUAGCCACUUACGAUUUUAACAUCCAGUAUCGUCCAGGUCGUCAUAACAUCGACGCCGACCUGUUGUCACGCCAGUACAGUAACUUGGAACAAUGGACAGAUGUUCCACAGUCAGCUAUAAAAGCAAUAUGCAAGCAUGAAACAACAACUUCAUUCAGAUUUGCAGAUCAGCUGGGCAUUCCACCUACUGCUAUUCCUGAAGCGUAUGCGUUUCCGGUAAGCAUGAAUACACAGUCCUAUGACCAACUAUCAUCAAAAGAGAUCCAGGUAGCUCACGAUCUUGAUCCUGUGAUUGGUAUUAUCAAGCAAGCUAUUCACAAAAAUGACCAGACGGUUUCAGUCAAAACAGAUUCCCCUGACACCGCUUUAUUAUGGCGUGAAAAAUCAAAACUCCAUUUGAAAGAUGGUUUAUUAUACAGAAUGCGGAAAACUUCCUCUGGUGUAGAAAACAAGCAGUUAAUCUUGCCAGAAAGAUACCGAACAAGUGUAAUGAAAUCGCUUCAUGAUGAAUGCGGACAUCUUGGAGUAGAAAAAACAUCAGAGCUGCUCAAAGAUCGUUUCUAUUGGCCACGGAUGAACACUGAUAUUGAGCAAUACAUAAAAACGUGUGGACGUUGUGUGUCACGUAAAACUCUUCCACAACGUUCAUCCCCUCUCAACCAAAUCACAAGCAAUGGUCCACUAGAUCUUGUUUGUAUUGAUUUUCUCCAAAUUGAACCAGACAGCAAAGGUAUUGCUAAUGUUCUGAUUAUAACUGACCACUUUACACGUUAUGCGCAAGCAUUUCCCACCAAAGAUCAGAAGUCUAUCACUGUCGCAAAAGUACUGUGGGAGAAGUACUUUGUCCACUAUGAACUUCCCGCCAGAAUACAUUCUGAUCAAGGCAGAGAUUUUGAAAGCCGACUCAUAAAAGAUUUACUCUCCAUGCUUGGCAUCAGGAAAUCUCAAACCUCUCCAUACCAUCCACAAGGAGAAGCGCAACCGGAACGUUUCAACCGAACACUUCUUUCAAUGCUCGGAACGCUUGAAAGUGUGAAGAAACAAAACUGGAGUCAACACAUUAGUCAGUUAGUACAUGCGUACAACUGUUCUAAAAAUGAAUCAACCGGGUACUCACCCUAUUUUUUAAUGUUUGGCAGAAACGCCAGAUUGCCUGUCGACAUCUGUUUUGGCGUAGCGUUUGAUGAAAAUGCAGAAACUUCUCACUUACAAUAUGUGGACAAGAUGAAAAAAGAGCUAAAGAAAGCGUACCAUCUAGCCACUGAAAGUGCUAACAAAACCCAUCUCAGAAACAAGUCCAGGUAUGACCAGUGUGUGAGAGAUCAACCAUUACAGGAAGGAGAUCGAGUCCUUGUAAGAAAUGUUGGCCUUACUGGAAAACACAAACUGCAAGACAGAUGGAAACCAAUACCAUAUGUGAUAGUCAAAAAGCUAGCCAACCUGCCCGUGUACAAAGUUAAACCUGAACAAGGGCCAGGAAGUGUAAAAACUCUGCAUAGAGAUCAUCUCCUUCCAAUCGGUUAUCUUGUUAGACUGCCUGAAACAACACCAACAACCAAACGUGUUGAACCUCCUGUCACGAGACGACAGAGACGUCGAAAGGAAAGUUCUUCUAAGUCAGACAACAGUAACUCCUGUUCAGACUCUGAGUACGAGUACCUGUGCGAAUCUUUUCAAAAUUACCAAGUCCCUAGACUAGUGCAAAGACAUGACAUACCAACCUCAGACAAUGCAAACUCAGAGGAUUCCUCUUUUGAGGUUGAAUCUGAACAUGCACUAAGUGAGGAUGAUGCAAAGGAAAGUGAACCUUCAAAUGCAGAACAGGACAUAACAGAAGGAGACACCGAGGUAGAGACAGAUGUACCAACACCGAGACUUAGGAAGUCGAACUGGAAAAAACAACCCGUUAUUCGUUUGACGUAUGACCAACCUGGAAAUCAGACUGAGGAACCUGUAACCAUAGUACAUCACGGUAUGGUUAUUCAGUUGAACCUUAGCUCUCAUAACAGUCUUCUUGAAUCUUCCAAAUCUAAGAAACACUCCAAAUCCAGAUACAGACAUUGAUGUUAGACGAGGACAUCUAAACUUUUAAGAAAGGGGGGAGUGUAGCCCAGUCUAAAUUUUCAAAAAAUUAGAUUUAGCUACUAACAUAUACACAAGCUAUUAAAUAAAUAAAUAGGUCACAAAUACAUUUUGUUUAAGAUAAUAAUAAUAAUUAAACAUACUUUUAUAAUUCCUAAAAGAUAAGUGUGUAAAAUUGUUAAAUUCUAUUAACCAUAAAUUUAAAUUAGUCUAAAAUCCUUUAUAAUUUGGAAAUUUAACUUGUAUCUCCUGUUUGUCAUAUUAAAGUUUAAAUAGAAAGUACCCAGGACCCCACCCAUAGUAUUGUUGCCAAUAAGUGAAGAAUAAUAAAUAGCUACAUGGGAUGGGUGUUACAUAUAAUCAGAAG